AUGUCCUACAAUAACUACGGCAACGGCGGCGGCGGCGCCAGCGACGACUACUACAACCAAAACAACAACCAAGAGUUCUCGGGCCGUCAAGAGGGCCACCACCGAGGCAACCAAGGCGGCUACGGCCAAGAAAUCCAAGGCAACGCCGGUUAUGGCCGGCAGGAGGAGUCAUACGGUCGUGAACAAACCCACGGCGGAAGCCAGGGUGGCUACGGCCGGGAAGAAUCCUACGGACACCGACAAGAGUCCCAGUCCUACGGACGCCAGGAAGAAUCCUACGGGCGUCAAAAUGAGGGCCGCCAGGAACAAUCGUACGGACGCCAGGACGAAUCCUACGGGCGUCAAAACGAGGGUCGCCAGGAACAAUCGUACGGAGGCCAGGGCGGCCGCCACAGCAACUCGAACGAUGACUUCAGCAGCGCUGCGGACCACGCGCAGGAGCACCACGGCAGCGAGGAUAAGUCACUGUUCAGCUCUGCGCUGAACUUCCUCCAAGAGCGUAAGGGGCAGUACUCUGGCGAUGUUGAUGAGCAACAGGCUGCCAAUGCGCACCAGGCUAUGUAUGGGUCUGGUAGCUCGCAGGGCCAGACUCAUGAUUCCGGGACUGUUGGUGCUGGUGCUGCUAUGCAGGCUCUGAAGAUGUUCGCUGGUGGUGGUUCUGGCGAGAGCUCUGGCUCUGGUGGUAUGGAUAAGAACAAGCUUAUUGGGCUUGCUAUGGCUCAGGCUGGAAAGUUGUGGGAUGAGAAGCAGGGUAGUGGUGGUAACAUGUCUGGCGACAAGCAGUCUGCUGUUAACUCUGCUGCUGAGAUGGCCCUGAAGAUGUACAUGAAGAGCCAGGGUGGUGGUUCCAGCGGUGGCGGUGCCAGUAGCCUCUUGAGCCUUGCCAGCAAGUUCAUGUAA